CCACAGCGGCAUAGCCCCCGCGACGAGAUACCGAUGUCACUCGUCUCUCCCCGCUGCGGCCCGCCGCUAGCGCUCGGCGGCCGCCACCGCCGCCGCCCGCAUCGGGCCCGAGCCGUCGCGCCCAAAUGCGAGACCUCCCCCUCCCAUCCUCCCGUCCUGACCCGGAGGGCCGUGUCCGCCGCCGCGCUGCUCCUCCCCCUCCCCGCCUCGUGGCCGCAACUCCCCGUCGCCUCCGCGUCCGAGGCGGCGGCGGCGGCGGCGGAAGCACAAGGAGAAAGUGGAGUUCCAGAGGGGCUAGAACUGGAGCGGUACACCGACCAGGAGCAAGGCUUCACCCUCCUCAAGCCGGCCUCCUGGCCCAAGGUGGACAAGGCGGGCGCGACGGCGCUGUUUCAGCAGGAGGGGAAAGGGAGGAACAACAUUGGGGUUGUCGUCAACCCUGUCCGGCUCAAUUCGCUGACGGAGUUUGGGACGCCGCAGUUUGUUGCCGACAAGCUUCUGCAGGCAGAGAAGAAGAAGGAAAGCACGAAGUCUGCUGAGGUGAUUUCAGCUGGAGAGAGAACAGGUCAUGGUGGCCUGACAGUGUAUGAAAUUGAGUACGCACUGGAUAGCACCAGGGGAGGGAUGAAGCGGAUCUUCUCAGCUGCAUUUGUUGCUUCAAGGAAGCUCUAUCUUCUCAAUAUUGCCUAUUCAGAUGCCCAGGAGAAGCCCUUGGACAGCCAGACUAGAACUGUUCUGGAACAAGUUCUCCAUUCUUUUGAUUCUGUAUAGUGGUCUUUAACAAUUGAGGCUGGAACUGAAAGUUGACCGGCAGCUGGAUGUUAAUUUGACAUGUGUGGGGCUGUUGCUAUGAUGGAGCAAUCUCUUGCUGCUCUGCCUCUCUCCGAGUCGGCAGCGCGUGCAUGGUCUCGUCUCGUUUCCGGGACACAAAAGGGCAUGGCGACAUGUCACAUGUGAACGGGUUCGAGGUGUACAGUCUGCUCGGCGCUCUCUGUUGAACGUGAGCCGCCUUAUGUUUGGAAGCGUAAACAUGCUGCGGGGUGGCACGCCAACAUUUUUUUUUCCCGCACCGCGCCGUCAGCAUUACGUGCAACGAAGGAGAACGCCGGUUCUCUUCUACGGCUACGAGCGGGGAAUGGCUACUUGACUAUGCAUUUUCAGCGUUUCAGUGUGCGCAUGGCCCGUUCGUUCGUUCACACACACCUCCAUAUAAAACCGUUCCAAAUGUUACUCUUUCUGGUAAGUUUGAUUUUAAACUACUGAACUGACAUCGGAGCCA